AUGCCGAUGGAAGAUGUGGAGCCCGUCUGGGACCUUGAUGAAGAUAAGAAGGUCGAAGCCAAGUAUCGUGGCCAGUACUUGGCUUUUUUGCAGAUCAUCCCGCACUUGUCCAAGCGUAUGCUGUACGAUGUUAAUACUAAAACGGAGAGCCAGCACUUGUACAAGAAGCACAACACGAGCAACGCGAUCAAACUGGGCAGCUUAUCUGGGAAUAAUCUGGACGAGAAAGUCUACGACUGUAAGCGCUUAUCUUUUUCCACCUUAGCCUAAAUUUAGAGUUCUGCUAUGCAUGACAACUACGCUUUCCAUGAAGAUCCUAACUCAAAAAAACUCUAAUCACCAUCAAAAAACGCCUUAACUCUUGCCUAUAUCAUAGCGCUAUCUUCUCUCCGCAGGUAUCAAUGCUCUGCAGAAGGAUACGAGAGAAGCCUUGGCGUCCUAUGUCUGCCAGUGCGAGAUCGGUGCCAUUGACGGCAUCACGGACGCUCAGUUUGAGGCGUUUGUCACUUGGUGCGAGUUCGAUCCGAAGGCAGCGGCACUGUUAGAGGCUUGUAAGUAAAACUGAACGGAAUGCUUUUUCUCUAGGUUUUCCCUUGUCAGCAACUAGCAUCAUUCAUAAACAACUACCAGACUUCCCUAUAGUAAAAACAAAGAAGAGAACCAUCUGAAUCAAGAGACUUCCUCUCCUUCAAUCUAUUCCAUGUCGGCUCUUUCAAUGCAUAAGCUGCAUCCUCUUCCAGAUUCCCAGAGAUCCGAAGAAGAAGCCGAACUUGAAGGCCUUGGGCCAACGCAUGGAUACGAAGUUGGGCUUCCGUUCUGUCAGCCAUGCCAAGCGCUUCAACGCAGUUGCGGCUAUUAUGGCUGGAAAGAAGCCUGCUGCCGCGACCAGCAUGGCCCAGGUGUUGGACAAGGCCAAGGAGAAUGCUGA